UGACGGCGGAGGAGCGCGGGGCUGAGGAGAUGAGCGCGGCGGCCGCAGCGGCCGCAACGGCGGCCUCGGAGGGCCUGGACAUCACCGCCAAGUGCGACGGCGGCGUCCUCAAGGUGGUCAAGAAAGAAGGGACGGGCACCGAAUGCCCGAUGAUAGGGGACAGGGUGACCGUCCACUACACUGGAUGGCUCUUGGAUGGCUCCAAGUUUGACUCCAGCCGGGACCGAAAGGACAAAUUCUCCUUCAAUUUUGGAAAAGGUGAGGUGAUCAAAGCAUGGGACAUCGCUGUGGGGACCAUGAAGAUCGGGGAACUUUGCCAGAUUGUCUGCAAACCGGAAUAUGCCUAUGGCUCUGCCGGCAGCCCCCCUAAGAUACCUGCUUAUUUCCCUCACAACACACAAUAUACAACAUUUCCUAAUUGUAAUAAACAGCUGAGGCGACUGGUGCAAGUAAAACAAGCUUUAUUGGACAACACUAAGUAGAACUGAACAACAGAG